AUGAACUUCCAGGCGGGGCCCGGGCAGAGCCCGCAGCAGCAGAGCCUGGCGGCGCCGGGCGGGCCGGGGCCGGGCUCCUCGGGGCAGCCGCAGGCUGGGCCGCCCCCGCCGCAGUUCGGCCUCUCCAACUCCGCCGCCAUCCGCGCCGAGAUCGGCCGCUUCGAGUCGGUGCAUCCCAACAUCUACGCGAUCUACGACCUGAUCGAGCGGGUGGAGGACCUGGGGCUGCAGAGUCAGAUCCGGGAGCACGUCAUCUCCAUCGAGGACUCAUUUGUGAACAGCCAGGAAUGGACCCUGAGCCGUUCGGUGCCUGAGCUCAAAGUGGGCAUCGUGGGGAACCUGUCCAGUGGCAAGUCGGCCCUGGUGCAUCGCUACCUGACUGGCACAUACGUGCAGGAGGAGUCCCCAGAAGGUGGCCGGUUUAAGAAGGAGAUUGUAGUGGAUGGUCAGAGUUACCUGCUGCUGAUUCGAGAUGAAGGGGGCCCCCCCGAGCUCCAGUUUGCCGCCUGGGUGGACGCUGUGGUGUUUGUCUUCAGCCUGGAGGACGAGAUCAGCUUCCAGACAGUGUAUAACUACUUCCUGCGGCUCUGCAGCUACCGCAGCACGGCCGAGGUGCCCAUGGUCCUGGUGGGGACACAAGACGCGAUCAGUGCCACAAAUCCCCGUGUCAUCGAUGACUCCCGGGCCCGCAAACUCUCCAACGAUUUGAAGCGCUGCACGUACUAUGAGACCUGUGCCACCUAUGGCCUGAACGUCGAGAGAGUCUUCCAAGAUGUGGCUCAGAAGGUGGUGGCCCUGCGGAAGAAACAGCAGCUCUCCAUAGGGCCCUGCAAGUCCCUGCCCAAUUCACCUAGUCAUUCGUCUGUCUCCGCUGCCUCUAUUCCUUCUGUGCACAUCAACCAGGCCACCAAUGGCAGCGGCGCCUUUAGCGACUACUCCUCCUCUGUGCCCUCCACCCCCAGCAUCAGCCAACGGGAGCUGCGCAUCGAGACCAUCGCUGCCUCCAAUACCCCCACCCCCAUCCGCAAGCAGUCCAAGCGGCGCUCCAACAUCUUCACGUCUCGAAAGGGCACAGACCCGGAGCGGGAGAAGAAGGUGCCGGAGUGCAAGGCGGACAGUAUCGGCAGCGGGCGAGCCAUUCCCAUUAAGCAGGGCAUUCUCCUGAAGCGCAGCGGCAAGUCCCUCAACAAGGAGUGGAAGAAGAAGUAUGUGACGCUGUGCGAUAAUGGAAUCCUCACGUACCACCCCAGCCUGCACGAUUACAUGCAGAACAUCCAUGGCAAGGAAAUAGAUCUGUUGAGAACGACAGUGAAGGUGCCAGGCAAGCGGCUCCCCAGGGCAACGACGGCGACAGCCCCCAGCACCAGCCCCAAAACCAACGGGCUUGCCAAGGAGCGGAGCAGCAUGCAGUUCCCAGGAGGCCCAGGUGCCCCUCACUCAACCAGCAGCACCUCCCUGCACUCCGAACGCUCCAUCAACUUGGUGGGCUUCAGCUCGAAGCCGGACGGUGUGCACCAGCGCUCCUACUCUGUCUCCAGCGCAGACCAGUGGAACGAGGCUGUGGUGAUCCCCGGCAGCUGCCCCAACCCCCCUAAUGGCACUGCAGAUGCUCUCAGCUCCAGCCCAAACAUGUCCAAUGCUGCGAGCCCAAAGCUGGAGCCGCCUCCAUCUCCUCAUGCAAACAGGAAGAAACAUCGCAGGAAAAAGAGCACAGGGACAGCCCGCCCUGACGGCCCCAGCACAGCAGCAGAAGAACAAGACGAGUCGUUCGAGUUCAUCAUCGUGUCGCUGACAGGCCAGACCUGGCUUUUUGAGGCCUCGACGUCCGAGGAGCGGGAGCUGUGGGUCCAGGCCAUCGAGAGCCAGAUCCUGGCCAGCCUCCAGGGCUGCGAGAGCAGCAGGAACAAGGCUCGGCUAGGCAGCCAGAGCGACGCACUGGCCCUGCAGACGGUCCGCACUGCACGUGGGAACAGCUUCUGCGUGGACUGCGACGCGCCCAACCCCGACUGGGCGAGUCUGAACCUGGGCUCGCUGAUGUGCAUUGAGUGCUCUGGGAUCCACCGUAACCUGGGCACCCACCUGUCCCGGGUGCGCUCCCUGGACCUGGACGACUGGCCCGGCGAGCUCAUCCUGGUCAUGACGGCCAUCGGCAAUGCGCUGGCCAACGCUGUCUGGGAAGGGGCGGUGGAGGGCUACCAGAAGCCGGGACCCGAGAGCAGCAGGGAGGACAAGGAGUGCUGGAUCCGGGCCAAGUAUGAGCAGAAGCUGUUCCUGGCUGCACUGCCGCACUCGGAUGUGCCCCUGGGGCAGCAGCUGCUGCGGGCCGUGGUGGAGGACGACGUGCGCCUGGUGGUGAUGCUGCUGGCCCAUGGCACCAAGGAGGAGGUGAACGAGACGUACGGGGACGGGGACGGUCGAACGGCGCUGCACCUCUCCAGCGCCAUGGCCAACGUUGUCUUCACACAGCUACUCAUAUGGUACGGGGUGGACGUGAAGAGCAGGGACGCCCGUGGCCUAACGCCCCUGGCAUACGCCCGGCAAGCUGGCAGCCAGGAGUGUGUCGACAUCCUCCUGCAGCAUGGAUGCCCGAGUGACAGCUCUGUCAGUACGCUGACCCCCAGCCUGCCCCGCCGCAACGCCAACAACUCCUGCUCGGCGUCCCCGGCUGAGCUGGGCUCCAGCCCCAGCGUCCUCUAGCCAUCCUGCCGGGCCGGCCUCCUGCUCCGAGCCGCGAGACAGUGGGGGGCUCCCGGCCCCGCCAGACACUGCUGUUGGUGCCAAGGAUCUCACAGGAGCAGUGGGGCUGGCAUGGUGCACCCUGUGGCCAACACCGCAGCUGAACUGCUCCACGCACAGAGGUGCCCUUGCAAGAGAAGGGGUUUCCCUGCAUUGCACCCCCAUCCCGUAUGGGGAGGCAGUUCCUAUGCACCCCCCCCCCGCUCCCCACCUGGUACAGACAGUCCCUGUGUGCUCCCCCUCCCCCCCGGUACAGAGAGACAGUCCUUGUGUGCCCCCACCCGGUACAGAGAGACAGUUCCUGGCUCCCCUCUACCUGGUACUGGGACAGUUCCUGUCUGCCCCCCUUCCCCCCGGUACAGAGGGACAGUCCUUGUGUGCCCCCACCCAGUACAGAGAGACAGUUCCUGGCUCCCCUCUACCUGG